AGCAACGAUCUGCAGUCAGACACUGUAGCAGUUCAUUAGGCUAAACAUGGAUUUGCCGGUAAUCAAGAAGAUGUACAGUCAUAAAACUAACAAAUUAGUAUGCCCUCCACAAGGAUCUAGAUUGAUAGAAAUUAGGGAUAGGAAGCCAACCAGACACAAUAUCAUCGAUGAAAUUGUCAGCUCCUAUAACAGUUAUCUCCAUAGAGAGAUGGAGUUGUACAUUGGCUGUGAGGAUGGACUGUACAACAUCUGUAAUCCCAAUAGCAGGUGCAGCGUAAAAGGUGUCCAGUGGAGAUGCCUAGCUAAACGUGACGACAGUAUGUUUGAACAACUUUUACGAGAGACCUACAAGCAAGAAUCUCUCUCAGACCUGGGUAUUGGAAAGGAAAAGUCUUUGCCUGGUGAUAUUCAACAAUACAUAUAUAAACAAAUGAGACCAGAGACCUCUUCAGCUACUACACAAUCUAGGCAAUCCACUGCAGAGUUUGAAACACAAACAUACUGGACUGGAAUGAACCAAAAGGACAUAGCAUCGCAGGCGGUACGGGACACAAUGGACAACAGUGUUCAGGCAGUACAGGACACCCACAACAGUGGCAUUCAGGCAGUUCAGGAAACCAUGGAGAGUGGCAUUCAGGCAGUUCAGGAAACCUUGGAGAGUGGCAUUCAGACAGUAUGGGAGACAUUGAACAGAAGUGUUCAGGCCAAACCAGGUGUGGCAGAUUUUGGAUCACAAGCGCAAAUGUGCAACAACUUCACUAGCCAACAAAACUCAGCUCAUGGUGACUGUAACAGAAUGAAGAUUUAUUUCAAUAAAUCAGACCUUUUAGUAGUGGAAAUCAAUGGAAAAACAAUGACAAUGAGUGCAAUGGAAUCCAGUGUCAUAUUAGUAAUGGUGAAGAAUUUAGUGAAAACACAGAUGAGUGGUGAUUCAAAAGACAGCGCUGUAGGAGCUAGAGAAUUUUCAGACAUCCAGCCUUGCCCUGAUAGUGGGGACAGCCAAAUGCUACAGGGAGCUACAGCAGCCAUUGUAGAUACCCGCUAUGAUAGUUUAGAGAAAGCAAUGAAGAAAUCGCAAGAUGAUAAACAAAAGUUCCACAAGAACAUUCCAUAUGAAGGUCACCUAGAUAAGUAUUUGUCCAAAACAUCGCCUUUUAGUGAAUAUGGAUAUGUGGCUGCAAGGGACACAUCUGCCACCCUAGACAACAUCAAGAUUCCUGUUGUAGACAGUUAUGAUAUCACCUAUGAAAAAACUGAAAACAACAGUGUAGUUCUUGGGAGAGGCGGAUUUGGAUGCGUGUACUUCGCUAAACAUUGCCAGUACACAAUGGACAUGUGCAUCAAAGAAUACGAAGAUGACAGCACCACUUUGUAUGAUAUCCACCAUGAGGCUCAGACGCUGAUAUAUUUGCAGUCGACAAACUUUGUACCUCAAUGUUUUGGAAUCAUGGUGUCUCCUUUCAUACCUACAGAUAUCUCCCUUGUGCAGGAAUGUUUUGCUAAAGGCUACACACUGAAAAAGCUGCUGAAGGACCGCCCCAACACAUUUGUUGAUAGAAAAUGGAUUGCUAUUGUUUAUCAGUUGUUUUGGGGAUUGCAGAUGAUCCACGAAAAACAAGUGCUAUUGAAUGACAUUAAAACGGACAAUAUCUUGGUCAACUGGAAAUCUGAUGACAUGACAAACAUUGUCAGAUUUAUUGAUAUGGGCCUUGCCACAUUUAGAAAAGGACAUCGGUUCUCAGAAAACCCAUCCUACAUGAUGGAGUACUGUGAAACCUACGCCCCAGAAGUAAGACAAGGCCAGUUUUCUACGCCAGCCUCGGAUCUCUAUGCAGUGGGGUAUAUGGUCAACGAGAUCUCUGAAACCAUCGGCAUCGCAGAGUUAGAUUACAUUGCUGAAAUGUGUACAGAGGAUGAUCCACACAUCAGACCGAGUUGUCAUUGUGUCCUUGAAAAACUAGAGGACAUCUUGGAGAACACAUGAAUGGACAGAGCUUUUAAGCAUGGCUUUAUAAGUAAUCUGUGAUACAUUUAAAGUAUAAAUGGCAUUGUUUUUUCAACCAGUUUUAUUUAGAUCUAAAUUUUGAUAUUAUGCUUGAAUUAAUAUAUUAAUAUGCCCUAUAAUCAUAAAUAUUGAGAUUUUACUUGAUUAAUUUAUUUUACUUGCAUCUAUUUUUACAAUGAUUAUAUUAGUGUUCUUGAAUUAAUAUAAUAUGCCCUAUAAUCAUGAAUAUUGAGAUUUUACUCCAUUAAGAUAUUUUACUUGAAUUUAUUUUUACAAAGGUGUAUACAUGUAUAAGUGUUCUUAAAUUAAUAUA